GAACAGGCCAGGCCCAAUAUUAGUUGAUGAAUCGGUAGGAGCAAAUCUCUGUGUAGGAGAUAAAUGAUCAAAAAGACAAUAGCAAGCAGGAGUUCAAAUCUUCACCGACAAUCAUCACUAUGGAGCAAAUGCAAAGAUCUCCAAUCCCUAAAGCAAAUUCAUGCUUUGAUGAUCAUCAAUGGCUUCAACUCCAAUCGCAUUGCUCUCAGGGAGCUCAUAUAUGCUUCUGCUGUUACUUUUUCUGCAUCUAUACACUAUGCCCACAAGCUGUUUGCUCAAAUUACUCAACCAGAUCUCUUCAUGUGGAACACUAUGCUUAGAGGCUCAGCUCAGAGUCACAGACCUUCUCUUGCUGUUUCCGUUUAUACCCACAUGGAAAAACGUUCCAUACGUCCGGAUAGUUAUACUUUUCCGUUUCUACUCAAGGCAUGUACCAAGCUUUCUUGGCUUGUUUCUGGCCUUGUUGUACAUGGGAAAAUUGUGAAACACGGGUUUGAAUCUAAUAAGUUUGCGAGGAAUACCCUUAUAUAUUUUCACGCUAAUGUUGGAGAUAUAAGAAUAGCAGGCCAACUUUUUGAUGGUUCUGCUAAGAGGGACGUUGUUGCUUGGUCUGCUUUGACGGCUGGAUAUGCGAGAAGAGGGAAAUUGGAUGCGGCAAGGAGGCUUUUUGAUGAUAUGCCGGUUAAAGACUUGGUUUCUUGGAAUGUGAUGAUCACUGGGUAUGUGAAGCAAGGGAAGAUGGAUAAUGCGAGGGAGUUGUUUGAUAUUGUGCCAAAGAGGGAUGUUGUGACUUGGAAUGCCAUGAUUUCCGGAUAUGUGCUUUGUGGAGAAAAUGAGAAGGCUUUGAAAAUGUAUGAAGAGAUGAGAGGUGCAGGGGAAUACCCUGAUGAAGUCACCAUGUUGCACCUUUUAUCCGCUUGCACGGAUUCAGCAUUCUUGGAUGUUGGCGAGCUGAUACAUCGAUCAAUUAUUGAGAUGGGUGCAGGCGAGUUAAGCGUAUUUCUUGGUAAUGCACUUGUAGACAUGUAUGCUAGGUGUGGCAGCAUUAGGAAGGCACUUGAAGUGUUUCAAGGCAUGAAAGAGAAGGACGUGUCGUCUUGGAACAUAAUUAUAUUAGGAUUAGCUUUCCAUGGUCAUUCUGAAGAAUGUAUCUCUCUUUUUGAAGAUAUGAGGAGAAUGAAGUAUAUCCCUAAUGAAAUUACUUUUGUUGGUGUAUUAGUUGCUUGUAGUCACGCUGGUAAAGUUGAUGAUGGCCGAGAAUAUUUCAGCAUGAUGAGAACUGACUACAAUAUUGAGACAAACAUAAGGCACUAUGGUUGUAUGGUGGAUAUGCUAGCGCGUGCAGGACUAUUGAAUGAAGCGUUUGAGUUCAUAAACACGAUGGACAUUAAACCUAAUGCUAUUAUAUGGAGAACACUGCUAGGAGCUUGUAAAGUUCAUUCCAAUGUCAAGCUGGGAAGGUAUGCGAAUAAGCAGUUGCUUAAAUUGGGAAGGGAAGACAGUGGGGACUAUGUCUUGCUGUCUAAUAUCUAUGCAUCGAGGGAUGAAUGGGAUGGUGUUGAAAGGGUGAGGAAGUUGAUGGAUGACAAUGGGGUUUGGAAAGAACCUGGUUGUACUUUAAUUGAGGCUGAUGAUUAUGAUCUCAAGAAUUUUUAUUUCGAUUCCAAGUGUAAACACUCUUGAGAAUAAAGCUAGCAGGCACAAGCAGAGAAGUGAGCAACCAAGCUUAAUGCCAAACUUGGAAGUGAUCAAUGAUCAGUUUCUUGAAAGGGCCAGAGCUGACAAUAUGAUGAGCAGCAAAAACACAAGAACUCCAAUGAAGGAUCCAACCAAAGAGCCAGAUGCACGAUCGCAGAAAGAGUUGUAGUGCUGGCAAAUAGCAAUCCAAUUAGCACGAGCAUUUCCCUUGUGUGCCAAAUACACUAUGGCUGCCGCAGCUGAUGCUCCAGAUGUUAAAAAUGCCAUCAUCACCGUAUCAAAGAAGAUCAACACAACCCUUGUUAUUCUUGCACCACUCAUCACAAUGUGCAAAAUGGAUAGGACAAGAGAUACAGCGAGGUACGCGCUAACUAUGCCAUUAGCUACCACAAAGAACCUGUGAAUUUUCAUAAACAAUAAUGAGUAACCUGGUCAAAAAUUAAAACUGUAAUAUACUUGUUAUCAUAUGUUAAACUACACCCAUCUAUGCUAAAGUACAGUAAUAAGUAA